AAGCCCAUGAAGAAGAACAAGGAAAAAAAACCGGGUUUUCACGAUUCCUACUUUUAGUGGCAUAAUAAUAUUUUUGCAUCAUGAUGAUGGAUUGCGUUGGUUAAAUUGUUAAAGAUUUUGUGAACGAGGACGCCAGUGGAUUACCAAAAGGGAGCAGUGCGGCCAUGGCAGCUGUCCAGUCUGUCCUGUUGUUUGCAGUGUGCGUCCUCAUGAUAACAGAGCUGAUUUUCGCUAAGAAGGACUACUAUGAUAUCCUGGGAGUGUCCAGAGGUGCAACAGAGCGCCAGAUAAAGAAGGCUUUCCACAGGCUUGCAAUGAAAUUUCACCCCGAUAAGAACAAGAAUCCAGAUGCUGAAGUGAGAUUCAGAGAGAUUGCUGAAGCUUAUGAGGUUUUGUCCGACGAGGGCAGAAGAAGAAAAUACGAUCAGUUUGGUGACAACGCAUACUUCACUGGGGAGACGCAAAAACCUGGAAGCCACCAGCCUUUCACCUUCAACUUCGAUGACAUGUUUAAGGACUUUAACAUCUACAGCCAAAACAGACAUUCUCGCCACAGAAGACACUUUGAAGAACACUCCAGGUCCCACAACAGAAACAAGAGACACUUCCAGGGUGGCUUCGGGGCUGGGAUGCUCGACGACAUGUUUGACGACAUGGAUAGAAUGUUUACUUUUGAUAGACAUAGCAAACAGACUGAGGGCAGGUUUCACGGUGCGACGAAGCAACACUGCCGAACUGUAACACAGCGCAGAGGAAACAUGGUGACCACUUACACAGACUGCACUGCAUCCUAAAGGGAUUUCUAGCUUAAAACAACACAAGAAAACUACAGAAAUCUGCAUUGUCAGGAUUAUUGAGAAGAACGUAGUUUGCAAGCAAACAAUGACUUUAGAGAGCAUUCCUCUAAAUUGAAAUAAGCUUUAUUGUAAUUGAGUGUUAGGGAGUUAUAAUUUCUCUUUAUAUAAGCUGAAAGCCAUUUUUUUUCUUCUUUUUUUUUAACUUGUUGCUCAUUAACAGUCAUAAAUUCAUAGGUCACAUCACAAUUUACGAACAUUUGCAGAAUUAGUUUAGGGUUUUCUGAUGAAAGCAGGGAUCACAGUAACCUAGCAUCCUCUGCAUCUUUGUUUCAAUGUUUGUUCUCCACUGUUCUGAAACACUCCUAGGCUGUAUGAUGAUAGUGUCCUUUCUUUUCAAAUGUUUGUGGUCAACCCACUACCGGAGCACUUUUUGCAAAGUUAUUAGACUAUCUGUUAAACAGAAAAAACUAGUAUCAUAGAUAUAUGUGUGUUUGUGUUAAAUUUUAGAACACAAUGCACUCUAAAAAUAAGUGCUGGAGUACUAGACAACAGGAAUUCAUGCCUGACGUUCUUUAAAAAAAGCCUCUUGUAUUAUCUUUGUGAUUCACAGAGGUUUUGGAAAAUUGAAUAUGAAUUCCAGUGGCUUUCUAUCGGAGCUCUUGAGUAUAAGCUAUACAGCUGAACUGACUUAACAAACACUAGCUAAUAAACCCACAGGGGUCUGGU